AUUCUCUUUGUCAAGAGUUGAAGCCUAAAUUGAUGAAUAUGUGAUGUGAUAUAUUCUCAUAUCCAAUAUACCCAGCCCAAGCCCAAAACGCCCAAUAGAUAUACUACACCGAAAGCAAAAUAUCGUUUUGAUCGAGAGAAGUCCGAGUUCAGGAAUCGCAAGGAAAAUCCCCAAAUUGUGACCGACUUAGGGUUUCCACGAGCGACCACAAUGUCGACCGGCAAUUCCAAGCAAGGCGACACCCGAUUAGUGGUUGCUGCCACGACGGCAUCGGCGUUAAUGGAGACGAAGAAGGCUGAUCACGGAGGAUCUACCUCUAUCGUGGAGUAUAAACCGCCGGUGAUGCUAGAAGACGAGGAGGAUCUAGAGAUAAAACUCAGACGAAUCCUGGAGAACGUCCCUGUUCGCGUUAGUAACACCUCCGGAAGUUCUGCUGGUUCCGGUUCCGGCGAUUUUCACCAGUACCGGCAAAUGAGGCGAAGAGAACAAGACCGACUCACGAGGAUGGAUAUUGAUUAUAACAAGCGGUUACAAAUGGCGGAAUUUACUAUUAGAAGAGAAGAGAAACUGAAAGCUGCGGAGGAAAAGACAUCAAAGAAGCGUUUGAAACGCCAAAAGAAGAAGCAGAGGAAGCAGGAGAAGAAGAGUAAACCAAACACUGAGGAACAAGCAAAGCAACGUACAGAAGAAGUAUCAUCUGAUGAUGACGACAAUGAAGAAGAAGAGUCUCGUGUAGAAGUUCGUCCACGUCCGAUAUUUAAUAAGUCGAGGUUUCAGGGGAAAGUCGCUCAGUUUCUGGGAUUGGUGAAAAUCGCUGCGAUUCCCGCUCAGUUCUUGAUUCUGGAGCCAAACUUCGUCAUGAAACAUUCUAAUCUUCAUCAAUCUUUCGGCGUCGCGGAUUUGAUUAUGUGGAAGAACCGACGCGGAGGGUUUGUUCUUCUCGGAUCAGCCACGUUGUUAUGGUUCAUCUUUGAGAAAUGUGGAUACAGUUUCUUGCCUUUUGUUGCUAAUGUUCAGCUACUUCUCGUCGUUAUACUCUUCCUCUGGGCAAAAUCUGCUAUCCUUUUUAAUAGACCUAUGCCUCAACUUCCUAAUCUUGAAAUCACUGAGGCACCUGUUCUCAUGGUGGCUGAUGCUCUACGAGUCUUGAUCAAUAAUCUGCUCUCUGUUGCUCGUGAAAUCUACGUGGGAAGAAACGCGAAGCAACUCUUUCAGGUCAGUGUUGUGUUGUGGACAGUAUCAUUUGUUGGCAAUUUCUUAAACUUCCUCACAUUUCUCUAUCUUGGUAUUGUUCUGAGUAUGUUGAUUCCUAUUCUGUACGAGAGAUACCAGCAUCACAUUGAUGAUAAGCUAUCUCUAACACACCGACUCAUACAAACACAUAAAAGAAAAGCAAGACAGAAUAUGACUGAGUGGGAAGAAGGUUUGACAUUGAUGCUUCAAAGUCAUAGGGUUGACAAGAGAUUAACGAAAUACUAA